GUCAAGCUGAGAGGAGCUCAGAGGAUUUUCGGUCUUAAUUGUAGUUUUCCUUCUUGGCUGGUGUACUUUUAUGCAAAAUCUAUCCUUCUGCUAUGAUUAUAUACCAAAACACCAUGUAGAAGAAGAGACACAGCAAUGUCACAACAAUGAGAAGUUGAGCACAAAUCGCGGCCUUUAGGAUGACCGAUCAACUUGUACGGCUGUACCGCGUGCAGGAUGUCCUGCCCUCUCUCUUGCAUCGCCUACCUUUCGGCAACCUCCGCCAUUAACGCCCCCGAGCAAAUUCACGGGAACGAACCAGCGGAGGCGGGGAAAAUGUCGGCGACACGCUACCAUACGCGGAAGCUAGCUACGCCCCAACCGCCUCCACUUUUCCACUUCUCGUGGUAAAGCACCACGAACUCAGUCACCAUUGCCUCGCCCUCUCACUCACCUACCUCACUGCAGCCUUCGCGUGCACUCCUCUUAUUAUACGCUUGCAUGCUUCGCAACAGUGCGCCGUAACAAAAGGCCGGAGCCCAUGGAGAUCAUCACCAAGCGCCCCAGGGAGAGGCGGGGCAAUGCCGCCGACGGCGAGCCGCUCCCGCAGCUGCUCGACUCGCCGCUCCCCACGCCGCGCCGCUCGUGCGCCUCGGCGGACGCGCCCGGCAGCAGCCUGCGGUGCGCCGCCUCGCCGCUGCGGACGCAUGUGCCUUUCUCCUGGGAGAGCUCCCCUGGCGUGCCCAAGAGCGGCAGGGACACGCGGGAGGAGACGAUGCCGCCGCCCAAGCUGCCGCCCGGGCGCUGGCCGCCGCAGUGCCCCACGAGGACCAACUGGUGCUACGGCAACGGGAGCGAGGCCAGCAGCGACGACUGCGACGCGUCGUCCUUCUCCGACGCCCUGGACAGGACGUCCUCCUCGCCCGCCCGGAUCGGCUCCUUCGACCGGGUCACGUCCAAGCGCUUCGAGGACAUCUUCCUCGGCCGCACCGAGAGCUUCGCCAAGGACCGGUCCUACUCCUCCCGCCACGCGCCCACGGGCGAGCCCAGCGCCGUCGUCGCCGCGUCGUCGUCCUCGGCGAGACACACGAAGCACUGGCGUCGACGCGGCAGCUCGCGCCACCACGAUGACGACGACGGGGAGUGGCCGAAGAGCAACGACCCCGUGAAGGUCAUGCCGCGCGUCGAGCAGAUGUCCCCGAGAGCAUGCGGGCUCAUGGUGUUCUUCCCAUGGAGCGCGAAGCGGGCGGCCUGCGGGGUCAGGAGCCCGUCGACGACGCGUCGCGCCGGCGUCAUUGAUCAUUCGCCCUCCCGCGGCCGCGGCAACCCUACCCUGCGCGACGCUCUGCAGGAGGACAACAAGACCGAGGACAUGGACGUGCACGACCCGCCGCAGCAGCCGCGUGGGGAGAAGAGGGGCCGCGAGGAAUGGCAUGGCCGCGGGUGGGGCGUCUCGUCGCUGCUCGACACGAGCAAGAGGUACUGCACCGACGCACGGAAAGCCCUGAGCAAGCUAUCCAUCGGCCUGGGCGCCGACAGUGGCAGCCCGAGAGUUGGCAGGGACAGGAGGAGCGGCACGCAGGAUGCCACGUCCACAACGACGACCGGGCCCGUCGCCGGCGCCAAGCUGACGAAACUCAAGUCUAACAGAAAUUAAGGGGAUUGGGAUUGGUGGCGCUAUGAUAGAAAUCUAUGCAGAUAGUACUACUUGCUUCUUUGAUCUCCAUCUGUUCAGCUAGAUAACCUUAACUCAGUUGCAGAGCUACGGUAGUACGUACAAAUUACUGACAUUGUGUUCCUGAAAUUGGAAUUCCUUCGGUACUGUGUAUGUACUCUCUCUGUCCCAUCAGACUUUUUUUUGGCACUACGCUAGUGUCCAAAAAACGUCUUACAAUAUGCCACAGGGAGUAAAAGUUACAUUAAUAAACGCCUUAGCAUUCCUUAGAAGCUAUUAUAUGGUCUAGAUUGUAUCUUUAUCGAGUGAUUAUUGAGUAACUGUCCUUAAUGUAAUUUCCAUUCCUCCAACUCA